AUGGCGGGGGUGGAACUGUGCGAGCCCAUCCAGCUGUAUAACAUCUUGAACCAGGCCAGGAAGGCGUCCAGACUGGCGGAGCGAAACUACUUAUGUUUGAUCGACGCGCGAACCAAGCGGGAGUAUGACGAAAGCCAUCUGAUCACGGCCAUAAGAAUGAAACAGGAUCCUUCUGGCUCAUACAUCGUUCCUCCUUCUGCCAACCUUGAAUACGUCAGACACUGUGUGGUGUACGAUGGCACGACCAAUUUAUUGGUUGUUGGUGAUGAGAUGGAUGACGCUGCGCAGGAAGCAGAUGAAGAAAGAAACGCCAGGUUUGGGUGCGCCAUGCUCUGCGCCAUGCUCCUGCAGCGGUACACUCGCUUCCCUGUCCAAGUCCUGAGAGGGGGAUAUGAGUGCUUCACUGCCUCUUAUCAUUUCCUCCAGACCCAGAAGAUUUUCUGGAUGCCUCGGGAAUUAGAAGACGUCCUGCCCUACCCAGUAGAGAUAGUGCCAGGUAAGCUGUACAUGGGAAACUACAUCCAAGCUUGUCACCAACAGAUACAGAAGGAUCUGCACAUUCAAGCCCACGUCAAUGUCUCUGAGGAGGUAGACACGUUCUUCCCUGAUGACAGCGACCAAGUCCUUCACAUUUCAGUCCCCGAUUCUCCUGAGGCUGACAUGUCACCCUUUUUUAGCGACAUCUGCCACUUCAUCGAUAGCCAUACAAGUCAUGGUGCAGCCUUGGUUUUUUCCACCUUGGGCAUAAGCAGAUGCAGCACCGUUGUCAUUGCCUAUCUGAUGCAUUCAUGCAGGCUGUACUUAAAGAAUGCUUGGAGUUACCUCCAGAGGUGCAAAAGCAAUAUCCGGCCAAACCGGGGGUUUGUGCAACAGCUGUCUGAAUGGGAGGCCCGGCUCUACAUGGCAACCAUCACCAAUAUCUCUGAACCAGGUUACUGA